AUGGAGGCUCAAUCUUCUCAAACCCGGAAUCCAGAUCACCAAAAUAUUUCCGUCCUGCCCUUUAAAUUCCUUCACCAGUACUCAAUUAUGUCAGAAUAUAAUUUAAUAAUGAAAUUUCAUCCUCCUGGAGUCUACACUCUCCCCUCUAUUGACCAGCCUGAUGAGGAACUUGUAUUUCCAUUUUUGCCUUUUACGCAGCCUUUCAAGAAUUGCCCCUGCUGCAGUGACGCUGGUUCGCGAGGCUACUCUUGGAUCGACCCGUCAAAAAUGACCCUUUUUUCGCCUAGUCUCCUCUGCGGUGAGAAAUCGGAAUAA